GCGAUGUACUUCAAAGGGACAAGUCCUGCAGGCAGCAGCCGAUGCAACACUUGUGCUUUUCACUCUAUUUUCCAUGUUACAUAUUGAUUUUAUCGCUGAAAGAUAAGUUCUAUUUUAUUUUAUUUUUGCUGUUUUAUGAUUGGAUUUAUUAAGAGGGAAAAAAAGAAAAGCCGAACUUGUUGCCUGGCUUCUGAAAUAAUUUCAUAUUAUUUACCACCGAAUACAACUUGAGGUGUGUUUCUGGAGUUUAAGGUAUGGACACAGAUGCAGUGCAGCACAGAGAGCUCUUGUCUGCAGCGGGUAGCUAGCCAGGCCUAGCUAGGUGUUUUAUCCUGCCGGACUCAUCCCUUCUGAAUCUUGCUCAUAACCUCCUGGACUUUCCAGGACAUUUAAGUCCUCCUUGGCCCUCUCUGAACUGGACCAUGGGGGAAAGACGUGCACACUCCUUCCACAUGACGUGCCAUGUGCAACGCGACUAUGGCAGCAGGAUGGGGAGCUCCUUCAUAAGUUGCAGACCCAAUGGAUAUGCCAGCCCGAGCCUUAGCCUCAGCCUGGACCAGGAGGUGGAUGCAGCCUCCGGCGGCACGACGACUACUAGCUCUGCGCUCCUGGCUCCUGCUCCUGACAGAGUGCACUACUCUCCUGUUUCACUUGAACUGGACCCCACAGCUGAGAACUAUGGAUCGACCAUUCCCUUCUUUCCGCCAGCAGACACAACUGACCCAGCGCUGCAGAGCGCAGCCAGCCAGCCCUCUUUCAUUGUUGUCCCUCCACCUCUCCCUCGUUCGAGCUGGCUGCGUCAUCAUCAAAAGGACUUCCAGAACCCGUACACCAAAACUAGCAUGCAGGGGGAUGUUUACAACUUCCUAGAGAGACCUGCUGGCAUGAAAUGCUUCCUCUACCACUUCCUCGUCUUCGUCAUGGUCUUGGUGUGUCUAAUCUUCAGUGUCCUGUCCACUAUAGAGCAAUAUGCAGAUUUCGCCACCGGAACCCUCUUCUGGAUGGAGAUUGUGCUGGUGCUGUUCUUUGGCACAGAGUAUGCGGUCCGGCUGUGGUCGGCAGGCUGUCGCAGCAAAUAUGCAGGCAUCAAAGGACGUCUCCACUUUAUCAGGAAGCCCAUAUCAAUCAUAGAUUUGAUAGUGGUAAUUGCCUCAAUCAUCGUGCUUGGCGUAGGCUCCAAUGGCCAAGUGUUUGCCACAUCCGCCAUCAGAGGCAUCCGUUUCCUCCAAAUCCUCCGCAUGCUGCACGUGGAUCGACAGGGAGGAACGUGGAGGCUGCUGGGAUCUGUAGUCUUUAUUCAUCGACAGGAGCUGAUCACCACCCUCUACAUUGGCUUCCUGGGCCUGAUCUUUUCCUCCUACUUUGUCUACUUGGCGGAGAAGGAUGCUGUGGAUGAAGAGGGCAAGACGGGCUUCUCCAGCUACGCCGACGCCCUGUGGUGGGGCGUGGUGACCGUCACCACAAUCGGCUACGGAGACAAAAUUCCUCAAACGUGGGUCGGCAAGGCCAUCGCCUCCUGCUUCAGUGUCUUCGCCAUCUCCUUCUUUGCUCUGCCUGCUGGUAUCCUGGGCUCAGGGUUUGCCCUGAAAGUCCAACAGAAGCAGAGACAGAAGCACUUCAACAGACAGAUCCCUGCUGCAGCCUGCCUCAUCCAGACUCUUUGGAGGUGCUAUGCAGCAGAGAAACCUAACGGCUGUGCUGUUACAUGGAAAAUGUAUGUUCUAACUCCAGCCACCGUCACCACAGUGGAACCUGACAGCAUCACCCCGAACCUCAGGAGGCUGAACCUCUCGAGAAGGGGGCCCAAGAGGAGGUUGAAGUCCAGAGUUAAUGGCUCCAUGGGCGUGGCCUCAGAGAAAGGCGUAUCCAUCCCCCAGAUCACCUACGAUCACAUUGAUGACUCCGAGGAGAAGAAAGACGUCUCAUAUUUCCUGCCGAGAGAGACUGUUGAAGGAAUCACUGGAAAGUUCACACAAACAGUGAGGAGGAAUCAUGAUCACAGCACCUCCAUCGACAUCUCCCGCGCCAACAGCUUAACCGACGAGCUGGACUACAUGACUGAGGACAUUCCCCUGCCUGUGGUGAAAGCUCAGUUGUCCCAUGCCCAAAGAUCUGCUGUAAAAGUCCUCCGCAGGAUGCAGUACUUUGUGGCCAGGAAGAAAUUUCAGCAAGCGCGGAAGCCCUAUGAUGUGCGAGACGUGAUCGAGCAGUAUUCCCAGGGUCACCUCAACAUGAUGGUCCGCAUCAAGGAACUGCAGAGAAGGCUGGAUGGCACACUGGGGAAGCCAGGAAUGUUUCUUCCAGGAAAAGGCGAAGAUAAAGAAUUCCCAACUAUUGGAGCGCGACUGAUCAGACUAGAAGAUAAGGUCCACCUGAUGGACCGGAAAAUGGACUCAGUCCUGCGGAUCUUGAUGCAGCAGUUUCCGCCCAAGACGGAGCUGACGUACAAGCCCUCCAUCCGCAGGGUGACCAUCCAGAACCGCAUGGGUGCCAGCAUCGAUGAGGGGCUCUGAUGUAACAGCGAUGGUCACGCUGGGUACGAUGGUGUCAUCACCAAAGAAGGACUAGAAGUUCACAACAGCCUAGCCCACUAUAUGGGGAGCAAGCCUGCAAAUAAUAAGGGGGCUCAGUCUUCCAAAAUAAACUCUCCCUCUCUUCCAUUUGCAAUCCCACCUUUUCUUAUUGACUUUUGACCACUGAGAAGAGAACAACCUUUAAUUGUCCACUUGGCGCCGGGUUCCUCUGGGAGUGGGAUUCAUGGUGUAGAAAGAAGGCGAACUGACCUCUUCCUUCUGCCACUGUUGGCCCUGUUUGAUCCGUCUAAAUCAGGGGUGUCAAACUCAUUUUAGUUCAGGGGACACAUGCAGCACAAUUUGAUCCCAAGUGGGCCGGACCAGUAACAUCACAGCAUAAUAACCUGUAAAUAACCACAACUCCAAA